UAAUAUUAUUGUUUUCGUAAUAUCUCCAUUUCUAAUUUUCCAUAUCUCAUUUUCUAGGCGCUUGCCGGCUUUUAUCAUCGGCGUUUUCUGAGAUCUUCAAGAUUCUAGCAAUUUUUCUAUCUUGAUUUUACGAUGAUCACCGAUGAAGAUCUCGCGCGGAGAGUGAAUGAUAUCUCCCAGAGCCUCUCGACCAUUGUUUCGCCGACUCAACAAGAUAAGAUUCUGGAUAUGAUCGUAAGAAUCGUGAAAAACGCGACGAGAGAGCAACUGCAGUCCCGUCAUCCUCAAGCACUCGUCACGAGCGUGCUGAAAAUCUUGUUGCGUUACGAGAAUCUACUGCAUACGAACGGGCUGUGCGACUGGAAGCGUCGACGGAGGUUCAAGAUCGCCCGUGACUGCUAUCACGCUCUGCUGAAAGGUUACUUGCCGGAAAGAUCGCGGGACGUUGUGGAGACGAUCGUGGAGAUCAUUCACCGCGACCGGCUCUGGGAAUUCGAAACUUUCUGCUUCGAGCUGAUGUACAGCCUAUUGGACGUCAAUUCGGCCAGCGGUGGACUGAUCAUUCACGCGGUCUGGGACAAACUGUCGUUGCCGGAGAUCACCGUCGAAGAUGCCCGCGCCAUGAUCAGGAUGCUGUACGAGCUGUUGGAUGUGUACGAGUGGCCGGCGACGCAAGAAACGGUCGCAACGGUAGAGAGGAUGCUCGCUCUCUUUUACGCCAGUAUAAUCGCACGAUUGACGGCGACAUCCAACUCUUCUAUCUCGGCUUUGUACGCGAGUCUCAAGAAGGGCCUAGAGGUUUGUCUGAGGAACACUAUAAAGCAUUUGCCGAACGAUCAGCUGCUGGUGAUCGUACAACAUAUGUGCUCGUGGACGGUAGCCGCUGGCGUGACCGACGAGAUUGUCCUCGAGUUCGGCAGCACUCUGGAAUAUGCCGCUUACACGCAUCGGGCGGGCCUUUACGAGCAGACUCUCACGCCGACGAUAUUUCCGCUGCUGAUGCGAAUGGUAGGAUCUGUCAGUCGGCUGACCAGUCUAUUGGGCAAUCGGGUAUUGCAGUAUCUGUUGGAUCGCAGGAACAACCGAGCAAUCUUUGAUACGCCCAAGAUCUUCUUCGAGCAGACACGUCUCAAUGUUCGCAUCUCAUACUGUCGUGAGGAGGACCGGCUGUUCUUCAAGUUACAUCGCGAAUUACUGCACGACAGCCUGCUGAGAAGUCUGGCGAAUCACUCGGAUUCACGGAUGAAUCUGGAGAUGACAUAUUGCACCAUGUGCCUGAUCGCCGUUGAAGUGCCAUGCGGCUUCACGGCCGCCGCCUUGGUCUGUCUCGCUAUGAAUCUGCAAGAGAUCGUUCUGCAGCAGCAAGACAAUCGCCUGGAAGUAGCCUGCCAUAUGCACGCUACGAUCAUCUCUGUCAUGUCGCUUAUCUGUUGGAUACACAGGGCUAAAGUAUUUUACGAUUACGUAAACAGAAUUGUAACUGAAAGGGCGCAAUGGGCGCCGCACUUAAAUCCUCCCAUCCAAUCCCAGUACAACUUUGCUGUGCACCACGUUCUCUGGAACAAGCCGGAACUGUUCUUCGUUGACUGGGAAGCGCGCUACGGCCUGUGGAAAUGUUUCCGUUUAGUUAACAGUAGCCAUGAUACUAUCAUUGAUCGUUUGACAUGAAGUACAUCCAUAAAUAUUGGAUAAAACAAAGGAUUUAUAAAUGGAAGAGAAUCCAAAGGAACCAAGGAUUCACAUAGAUCCGAUUAUUUCUAUACAAUUGAUUAUUUCAUAUUUAAAAGAUCUGUGGGAUCAAGGAUCUAAUAUAAAUCCAAGGAGCCAUGAAUUAUCCAAAAUUCGAACAAGAAUGAAGAUUUUUAACUCAGUACUUUGAAUAGAUUAUCGCAAUAAUAGAAAGAUUAUCUUUUUUAUAUUAUUAAUAAUAGAAAGAUUAUUGUUUUUAGUUA